CAAAAAGUUUUGGAUUUUGUAGCAUUUUGGCUUUCAGAUUUUAAGACCUGAGAUGUUCAAUCUGUAAUUUGAUUUCUUAAUUACAAAUGUAGAGGAUAAGGUAAUUAAUAACAAAGACUUUUUCAUGAGGAUUUGAAAUAAAGUAUAUUUAAGACGGACUUAGAUCACUCUAGCCCCUGACAGGAAUUAAAGUUUUGACCUUACCAAUCCAUUUUCUCCAGAAUCAGGACCCAAUAUGUCCUCGUAAGAGUGAGCCUUGGGAUACCAGCAGAUGGUGUAAUGCCAUGUCGCUGGACACCCACGUAGUUGACUGUGGUUCAAGUUCUGGACCUGGUGGCUUAAAACUCACUGGGUGCCCAAGAUCCCGAGAGGAGGAUGGAGGAGAAGAUUGCGCUGUGGCCAUCUCCCCUCAGGGAUGAUCUCGCUUUGUGUCUGCUGCUUUGAGCCCAGCGACUUAACUUUAAAAAUUUACAGAGCAGAGUCAUAUGCUGGUCUUCAGGAGUUCAAAGCAGCCAUAGAAGAUUUAAAUGCGGUUCUCUUUCAACUUCCAAACUGGCCUGAGGUCUACUUCAGGAAGGGAAAGGUGCUCCAUGAGGCUGGGUUCCUCGGUGAUGCCUUACAGCUCUUUCUUCAGUGCUUGACUCUGGAUGAAGACUUUGCACCUGCAAAGUUACAAGUGGAAAAGAUUUUAUGUGAUUUAUUGUCACCUGAAAACUUAAAAGAAGGUCUAAAGGAGCCUUCCUGGAGUUCAUUACCGUGCAUUAAGAACAAGCCUUUUGGUUUUCCUUCAGUAAUGGAAGAGUCUCACGCCCCCGGUGAUCUUAGCCCAAAGCAGAAUGAAGCCGUACCAGAGGUCACGUCCGAGCCUGUCAAGGGAAGCCUGAGCCGCGCUCGGUCAGCACAGGCCAUCAAUUCAGGUGACGCGCCCGCCAGAGAGGACUGUCUGAAGAGAGUGGCCUCAGCACCUUUACUCUCCGUGCAAGAGAAAGGGGUUCUGCUGAAACGGAAGCUGUACCUCUUAGAGCAGGAUGUGGUUCUAGGUGAAGAUGGCAGGAGUAAACUGAAAAGACAAGGAGAGACUUCCAGUGAAGUCUGUAUGUUCUCCUUUGCCGAUGGCGACAUCCCAGAAGAAUUGAUAGAUGUCUCCGAUUUUGAGUGUUCUCUCUGCAUGAGGUUGUUCUUUGAGCCGGUGACAACCCCUUGUGGACAUUCGUUCUGUAAGAAUUGUCUCGAGCGUUGUUUAGAUCACACACCAUAUUGUCCCCUUUGCAAAGAGAGCUUAAAAGAGUAUCUAGCAGAUAGGAGGUACUGUGUCACACAGCUGUUGGAAGAAUUAAUAGUGAAGUACCUACCUGAUGAGCUGUCUGAGAGAAAAAAAAUAUAUGAUGAAGAAACUGCUGAACUCUCACACUUGACCAAGAAUGUUCCAAUUUUCGUUUGCACUAUGGCCUACCCCACUGUGCCUUGCCCUCUUCAUGUAUUUGAGCCAAGAUACAGGUUAAUGAUCCGAAGGAGUAUACAAACGGGAACCAAGCAGUUCGGCAUGUGCGUCAGCGACACACAGAACAGCUUUGCAGAUUAUGGUUGUAUGUUACAAAUCAGAAAUGUACAUUUCUUACCCGAUGGAAGGUCUGUGGUUGAUACCGUUGGAGGAAAGCGGUUUCGGGUAUUAAAAAGAGGAAUGAAAGAUGGAUAUUGCACUGCAGACAUUGAAUAUCUGGAAGAUGUUAAGGUCGAGAAUGAAGAUGAGAUAAAGACUCUCACAGAGCUUCAUGACUUGGUAUACUCUCAAGCCUGCAGCUGGUUUCAGAAUUUAAGAGACAGAUUUCGAAGCCAAAUUCUUCAGCACUUUGGAUCAAUGCCUGAGAGGGAGGAAGAUCUUCAGGCGACCCCUAACGGACCUGCGUGGUGUUGGUGGCUGCUUGCAGUUCUUCCUGUAGACCCGCGCUAUCAGCUGUCAGUCCUGUCGAUGAAGGCUUUGAAGGAGCGGCUGACGAAGAUACAGCAUAUCCUGACCUAUUUUUCUAGAGACCAAUCUAAGUAGCUAACUGGAUCUUACUUUACAGUCACCCUAAUCUGGCUGUACCAACAGCCAGGUGUCUGCUGCCUUCGCACAUCCAGUGCUGGUUUGAGAAACGGAAUGAACUUUUUUUUUUUCCUUCAACCUCCUGAAUUAUGUGGUUCUGCAAAUGAAUACCUUCAACGAGGACUUAGACCACUAAGAACUUGCACAGAAUAACGCACACUGAAUGUGUGUCAAACCUCUACAUUGUGAUGAAGUUGCACUAUGUACCAUAUUCUAAAAUGAAAUUACAACUCUGUAUGUAUGCGGAGAGUGUGUAUGUGUGUGUGUGUGUGUGUGCGCGCGCGCGCAUGUGUGUAGUAUGUGUGCAUUUUCUCUGGCUUUAAAAUUUUAAAAGAAAAAAAAAAAAGCCAUAGAGAGCAGAACUUGUUGAGGGUCAUUUCUUGCCCAAGUUUACAACAGUAGCGAUACAAGUUUUUGCGCGUUGAAUUUGCCUCAGAUGUAUCUGUCCUAAGCUUCUGUUUGCACAAGUAUGUAGACUAUGGUAUUAAGUAUCAUUCUUCGCUGGAGAUCCUGCUCUUGCUGAUCUGUCUGACCAUUGACUAUGACACAGUUUCUUAUCGAUGUAAAUACUUGCGUCACAGUCGCCGACAGGCGCUGGGUGCAGGACCUAGAGCCAGUUUUCAGGAUCAAUUGCAAACCUGACAUGGUACUGUGCUUCUAUCCAGAAAACACUUAAAACUGUGAAAAUAUGGUUUACAUUUAACUGUACAUAAAGGAAGUGGAGAACUCCAUGCAGUACCAGUUAGUUUGUACAUUUUAGGGGGCUUUUGACAUUAACUGCCCAUCUAUGUAAUUUAUAGUUUGACAUAUUGUGUUUGUUUAAAAAAAUUACAUAGUUAUGAGGAUCUGGGGGAAGAGAAGCAGUGCAGUGUAGGAGUGAGCUUUUACAGUUUGUUUUGUUUUUGAUUCCGGUCUUGGUGCAGAUGUUAGUUAUGCCUUACCCACAUCACAGUUAGAGCGCCAUGCCGUGACAUGGCUUAUACUCAUGCUGCCCUGGGUACUUUUGUAAUUAUCUGUUGCAAACUUGUGACUGACUCUAUUAACUUUCUUUUAUGUAAGUACUUUGUAAAAGUUUCUUAAAAAUUUUGCUUUUGCUUAUUUAAUUUUGAAUAAAAGCUAAAUUCAUAA